UUAAAAGGGGUCAAAAUACCGCGGAAUACAAUUAUCCGUUGCCAAACUUUUCCCGUAGAGUAGCUGAAGUAUUAAAUUCCAAUGGCGAUUUUUCUUCCUCUUCUCUCCAUAUCCCCAAAGGUAAUGGCUUCCUCCGUCGACACAAGCCAAAGACUCCCCUAUACCCCCCACCGUACUCCUCCCAAGAAACCCCUAACCUCUGAUUCAACUCUAUCCUUUUCCCCUUCCACCACCCGGUCCAAUAUUUCGGUUUCGGACCUUCUUAAACGUGAAAUUCCUAAACCAACCCAAGUGAAGGAGGAUGAAACCUAUAUGGGGUACGACAUAUGGCUACCAAGUGCACCCAAAGUUGAGAAGGCUCGUUCGGUGUUUAAUGCAGCCUCACUUGCUUACAUUGGAGAUUGCAUCUUUGAGCUAUAUGCAAGAAGGCAUUUUUUGUUGCCACCAUUGAGCAUCGAAGAGUACAAUGAUCGAGUCAUGGCAGUAGUACGUUGCGAGGCACAAGAUGCUAUGUUGCAGAAACUUAUAAACGGCAAUAUUUUGUCAGAAGAAGAAAGGGGUGUGCUUCGUUGGGGGAAAAAUAUUGUUUCAGGCAAAACUCGGACGAAAAAGCGUGCCGGUGUGGCUGUUUACAACCGAGCUUCUUCACUUGAAACACUUGUUGGUUAUCUUUACCUUACAAAUGUGCAAAGGCUAGACGUAAUCAUGCUGAAGUUGGGCUUCUGUACAGGUGACUCUAACCUGCCAAUUGUGGAGAAAAUAGAUGGUACAACAAGGUGAUGUUGGUGGAAGUGAUGAAGUUCAUGAAGUGCAAUUCAAUAUAAAAAGGACAGACAUGUCCAAUGGCAUGCUGAAACAAAUGAGAGCCUCAAAAACAACAUUGUUCAGAAGGCUGUUAUUACCUCUUCACUGCUUUCUCUUUUAAAUAUCUCAAGAGCUUGGAUAUGUGUGGGCUCAUCGUAUUUCAAAGCUUAGAUAGAAAGAAAGAGGUCGUGUUGUUCUGAGAUGGAAAAACAUUCAUACUGACAGCAGAGCUAUGAUUUCCUCCUUAAUACUUCUGUAAACUAUAUGCAUAGCUGAAUGGGUUGAGGAAUGUGUUAGAUUUGCUCAUUCGCAGUUGUUAACACGGGGAUAAAUUGUUCAUGAACACGUUUUUGUAAGUAGCUAUUUUUUGUAACAGGUCAUUUUUCAUGUAAUACGUGUUAGUAUUCGAUUGAAUUUUUGGAGGAGAAUAAGUUGAGGUUUAAUAGUUCUUUUAAGAGAAAUGAGUCAGGGUGAUGCAAUACAGUUGUGGCUGCUCAGUUUCUUUGCUUGACAACAAAGAGAGUACUUCGUUUGCAUUACCAAAAACCUACUUAUAUUGGUUUUGUAAAGUUUUUGCCUUAAAGUUUUAGUAGAAAAUUGUCCCUCUGCAGUUUGACAUUACCAAAA